AUGCCUCUUACCGCCUCCGACCUCUGCAAGAUCGUCCUUGCCUUCUUCCUCCCGCCCGUGGGUGUCUUCCUCGAGCGCGGUUGCAACGCGGAUUUCUUCAUCAACAUCCUGUUGACCAUCCUCGGAUACAUUCCUGGUAUCAUCCACGCGCUGUACAUCAUCUUCAAGUUUUAG